CAGAAAAAGUAACGAACCCGGAAGUGACGUAGGCGUAUUUACAACAGCGGUCAAUGGUGGUGGAGAGUUAAAUACAGCGUUUCUCGCCAUAAAAACGGAAAGACAUUGCAAUAUUUGACACAUAAUCCGCCAGCAUUAAUGGGCGCUCACGGGGUUUUGGGGAACGAGCCUGAGUCUCUCGACUACUCGGUGCACGAAGCCUGGAAUGAGGCCACCAAUGUGUACCUGCUAGUGAUCCUAGUCAGCUUCGGUCUGCUUAUGUACGCCAGAAAAAAUAAGAGGAAGAUCAUGCGCAUCUUUACUCUGCCUCCAACCGUCGGCAGCAGCCCAGAGCCCAACUUCUACGACAGUUUACAAAAGGUCCGUCUGCGCCAGCAGCUGGAGAUGUACUCCAUAGCACGAAAAUAUGAUCAGCAACAGGGUCAAACGGAGUGUGUGCAGCUCUCCAUGGAAUAGCAGCAGGUGGCGUUCACAGGGCUCCACCCUUGACAUUGAACAUUGGGCAACUCUACUGCACUCCUCAACCAGAUGCACAAAGGGACCAAAUAACUGUCAAAGUUGAGAUCUGCACCUGGACUUCGGACCGUUCCAGUAUAAUCAAUAGUUAUCGGCCAAUUGAGCUUCUGUAAAAAGAAAAACGCAUCUUUCUCCUCUCACAGACAAAUCUCCUUAAUAGUUUGUUGUAUGUUGGCUGGAGAUAGAAAGGCUCGCCCCAUGUUUUGAGAACAACUGAAAGUCUUCUAACUGGAGCAUUCAGUUGUCUUUGACAGUCGUGUUCUCACCUUGGAGUUUUUUACCUGUACAUGAAAUGUAAUUUUAUUUAUAAGAUUUUUUUUUCAGGUAUAAAAUGUGAAGUCUUAUUUGUGAACAUUUUGCAUUAAUCUGUAGAAAUGUGUUAACAUUUUAUUAAGUUACUGAUUAUUACUAAUUUUAAGUGUUGUUAUAUUACUCUAUUACCAAGAAGCCAGCUCUAAACUCCAGAGUGUCACUCUCCAUUGUAACUCAGCAGCAUCAUCAUUAAACUACAGGAUGAAGUCACAGUUUUACUGAGCUGCAUGUGUACACAAAUGCACCUGUUUUCAUCUACUUUGGACCAGUACUCCAAAGUUUUACAUGUUGAAAUUUUAACUGUAGAAAUAAUUAAAGUUUUGUUCCAACACCAGUGAUGUUGAGACUUGAAGAUGAAAUCCCACGCCACUAUAAUUUCACUCAGUUGUGGGUUGGCGAUGGACUCCAUUAAAAAACCCCACAGACUGGCUUUGGUCACAGAUGUUUGAGGGGGGAUAUUUCUGGUUCUGUAAUCAUAACCAUGUGUUUACUUAAGCUUUGAUUAAAAACACAAACAGAAAAAUA